UCCUCCUCCUGCUGUGCUGUCUCCUGUCGCUCCCAUUCCCCCUCCAGCUCUCACACUCACGCAGCAUCCUUCCCUCACCUCUUCUACCUUCACACUCACCUCCUCGAGCCUCCGUCUGCCUGCCGCCCUCCUCUCCAUCACCUACUAACACACAUCAUUUCUCGCCUCUUCCUCGAGUCUCGUCUCUGCCUCCUCCUACUCCUCCUCCUCCAUCUCCCGCCGGUUUUUCCUCCUUCUCACAACACUCUGCACCCACUAUUCACACACUCAUGCUCAUUGGCACCCAAGGACAGAACAGCUUCUCGUCUGAACCGGCGAUGGUUUGAUCCUUUUGGCUAGACUUCUUGACACUGAGCUCAGCUGAGGAAGAGGACAAGGACGGAAAGAAGGCAUGGAGCACAGCCACAUCUUCCCUGUGUCCCACCACAAUAGAAGCACCGGGGGAUGCCCUCUCGGACCCCUGCCUGUUAUCUACUACAGCGUCCUGCUCUGUCUCGGCCUGCCUGCUAACAUCCUGACUGUGGUUAUCCUGUCCCAGCUGGUGCUGCGUCGUCAGAAGUCCUCCUACAACUAUCUCCUGGCUCUGGCUGCUGCUGACAUCCUUGUUCUGCUCCUCAUUGUGUUUGUUGACUUCAUCCUGGAGGAUUUCAUCUUGGCUUCCUUCCUCCCUCCAUCCAUAAACAACGCAGUGCAGGUUCUGGAGUUCUCCUCAAUCCACACCUCCAUCUGGAUAACAGUGCCUCUCACCAUCGACCGCUACAUCGCUGUUUGCCACCCACUUCGCUACCACACAGUGUCCUACCCCGCUCGAACACGCAAGGUGAUAUUUGCAGUGUACGUCGGCUGUUUGCUAUCCGCGGCACCCUAUUACUGGUGGCCUGAGUUCUGGCACAGUCUACCUGGGGUGGGCAAAAGCAAUGAAGGAGGAGGAGGUGGAGGAGAAAGCAGCAGAAGAACAGUGGCCGAGCAUGUCCUGGUUUGGGCUCACUGCACCACCGUCUACCUCCUUCCCUGCACCGUCUUCUUCUCGCUCAAUACCGGCAUCGUGCGGAAGCUGCGAAAGCGCCGCAACUGCUUCAGGUUGCGGGGCUAUUCCACCGGCAAGACCACCGCUAUUCUCCUCGCCAUCACCUCUGUUUUUGCCAUUCUGUGGGCUCCGCGCACCUUAUUGAUCCUCUACCACUUCUACUCUCCACCACCUACCUCACAAAGCGCCGGCCGCCUGCUCCACGUGCUCACCGACGUGGCAAACAUGCUUGCGUUGCUCAACACUGGCGUCAACUUCUUCCUGUACUGCUUCAUCAGCAAGCGUUUCCGGGCCAUGGCGACCAACAUGCUCCGAGCCCUCAUCCACUGCCGGAAGCAGCCGAAGCCAUUUUACGCCAGUCACAACUUCUCCAUCACAAGCAGCCCUUGGAUUUCACCAGCCAACUCUCACUGCAUCAAGAUGUUGGUGUACCAGUAUGACAAAAAUGGAAAGCCCAUCUGCAUCUCCUCUUGAGUCCACACUACCAGCAGUGGUCCCUCAAAUCCUUCAGGCAAACUUUGGCCACAUGGGACUCAUUGAGGUCACACAAGUUUACCCUGUUAGUGAUAAUAAAAUAGAUGGCUUGAAAGGUGCAACAACGCACAUCAGAUGCAUGGUGCAAAAUGUCAAAGCCUCUUGUGAUCAACAAGGUUAUCAUAAAGCAGCAAACAGCAUCGGUUAGAUGCUGUUUGGUCCCUUCAUGCAAAAAAACACAUCUGCUGAGGAGUAAAGUUUAGGACAGAUGAAAGCAUAUCACCACCACCUACCAGUGAAAAUGAGCAGCCAUUUGCAAAACAUAAAAUAACAAAACAAGAUGAUGAGUCCUUGGUGAAUCAUCAAAUAUGUUUUGGUCAUGGAUGUUCAUGGCAGAAAAUGAGGAAGAGCUUUUUACAGAUGAGUCUUUUAUCUGUUGGGGAAAUUGUUGCCGGUCUGACCCCUGCACAUCUCACCUGUAGGGGUGAUUCACUCAGGCAGAACCACGGACAGACUGCCCACUGCCCACGGUCAUGACUGUCUCUCUGUAGAAAUGUAAAACAGCUUGUCAUUUCCAUUUUAAUAUGCAGAGGAGUCUCUAAUACAUUUUAAAUAGGGCUUUUACGAAAUGAACAACACAUUCUGACUCUUCUCCUGACUGUGCUGUGCUCAUAGUUCACCUAUAUUUCAACGCUCACAUCAGAACUCAACCCUCACCAUCAUUGGACGAAGGAGUUUUCAUUCUUCUGUUUGUUGGUGAAAUAUUUACUCAUGGUAGAGAUGACUGUUACUGUAGCUUUGCAAAAACACAAGAAAAGAAAUAUGACUUGGUGUCAGUGUAGCACUGAGGUAUUAUUAAACUAGUUAUCACCUUUUCCAUUAUUAGAAUGAGGAAAUUUCUGCAACUAGGAGAUAGUCCUCUAUUAACUAUUAAUGGUCCCUGAUGACUUACUGUUAGCCAUCAUCCAGUUGCAUAUAAUGAAAGCAAAUGAAGAUGUCUUUAACCCUUUAUCUUUCCAGGAGACCAAGACAGAGAGAGGUAGAGAGGACUAGAUAUUUUGCUCUCCCUUCCUGUUGGUUUGUUUUUCCCAUCUAAAGCUUUCUGUCCCAUUAUGCCACACUGAAUUUGGUUUCAGGGCCAAAGCGACACAUUACAGGUCUCGUCAUUCUGCUGCUUUCUCUACACAUUUUAUAGCAAACCACAGUCACAUUAACUUCAUGCCAUUGUUGGUCUGUUGAAAGAACACAUUUAAAUAAAGACAUUCCCAUCUUUUUUUGCUGUAUGGUCCAACGACAGCACACUGAGAUCAGUGCACGUUCAUCCUUUAACAAUCCAUUGCACAUUAUUAGGGAUCUUCUAUUUAAUGGAGCUUUGCUGAAAGGCAGAGUUCUACUAAAACAUGUCUAGAGGGAUCAGACACAUUAAGCUUUUCAGCCUGUAGCAGAUUUGAGCGUAUUUAGGAGACAAAUAAACUCCUAUUUAGCGCUUCAAUGUCUGAGACACUUUUUGUUUGUCCUCUUUAAACAAGACCUUCUAAAGGGUUCCUACAUAUUUCUCAUGCAUAUUUUUGCAAGAGUUAAUUUUUCAGUCAUAGGUAUAGAUACAAGAGUUCUCUAUAAAUGGAAGAUACAGCGAUGGAUGGAUGGAUGGAUGGAUGGAUGGAUGGAUUUUGUAGGCCACUGAAUCGAGAUCGGAGUCUUAAAAUUGAAAGAAAUGUUCAGACUAUUUUCUUUUUUUUUGUUUGUUUUAAAUGAAAAUCUAAUUCUCUACAUUUCUGCAGAUAUUUGAAGGCUAGAAUCCUGUAUGUAGAAGAUAUGGGAUGGAGGGGAAAAUGUAAUCUGUUACCAGGUCAGCUUCACUGCCAGAGUAAUUGAUUGUGGCAAAUGAUUAAUUUUGACUUUCAAAUCGAGUAACAUAAUGAUUUAGUGACCAAAAUCUGACUGUUUGCAUAGUAACUUACAUAAAGAUUUUUAAAAGUUGGAGAUGCUUUGUUUGAUCAAGAAUAUAUACACUAGCAAAAACUAAAUAAUAUACAUUUUUAUGUAUUUAUUUAUUUAUGAAAAACUUUACACCCAGAUCUUGAUCCCUGCUGUAUAGGCUUUGAAAAGAAUACCAUUUUUACUUUACAUUUUAUUCAAAAUAGCAUGUAAAAAUAAUGAAUAAAUAAAUUUUUUAAUAAACAAUAGAAACAUUUACUGAAUAUAAUUACUGAUUGUUUUUUUUAUAUGUCUCCACUAGUAUUUUCACAAUCUGUCUUUAGUAUUGUGCUCCAGUGACUCCUUACCAUCCACAAUGGUCAUGUUACUACUGGACAGUAAGAGGAAACAAGUCUUUGAAUUUAAAAUAUUACUUUAGACCUAAAUCAGUCAUGGUUACAUUUUAUUGCUAUUAUCUUGCAUUUGUUUCAAUUCAAGUACCAUAAUGAUUACCGGUAGAGGUUGGACUGCACUAUGUUCAGAAAAGAUUUAGGAGAAACAUAUGAUGAUACCUUUGUUUGUGAUUGGUAGACUGAUUUUCUGAGUUAAAAAUCAGGUGUGUUGCCCCCUAGAGGUUAAAUUACAACUUCUCUUUCUCACAAGCCCAAAACUCAACAUGCAGUAUGGCUCCUUCAUGUACAAAAUAAUAAGAAAGCUCCUGGAUUUAAGAUUUUUUUACCGUCCUACUUGGCGGUGUACAUAGUAUUAUAACGUAACCUGUGGGAAAGUCAGAUCUUAGGUUUGGAUUUAGGUUCCACAUCAAGUCAGUUUCAAUACAUCUGUGUCCAAAAUACUGACUUAACUCAACUAUGUUGGCACAGCUGCCUGAGCAAAUAUUAACAUCCAAAAAAUUUACUAAAUUAUAUUUUACAAUGUUGCAAGGUAAGGGCUAAGUUUAUGUAUGAAAUAGGAGAAAACCCUUUUCUGUAAGUGUUCUCACACAAUUACUGUAACCAAACUGAAGUGCUACAAACAAAAUUAUCAACAAUCAAAACAGAUAGCAAUCAUGCCAACAUUAGCUUAGCAGCCUAAUGGUGCUGCACAAAACAGAAGAAGGAGAGAUUCCAAACAAAUCAAAAAGCUAUGCCCAUCUUAGGUGAUGCAUUGUCAGGACAGUGUUAUAAACUGGCUAUUAUGCUAGUUUUAAUAUUGGAGAAAAAAUAAAUAUAAAAAACCUGGAGAAACAGCAGAUAGGACAAAUAUUGGUUACUGUACAGAAAACAGCUACUAGAGUGCAGAGAAUCAAUGGUGAGUAAUUGAAGUUUGCACAAUAACAGGGCUGAUGUUGACCAUACAAUACUGCUGAAAUUUUGGGUAUUUCCUGUACUUUAUAGUUAGUUGUCAAAUUUAAAGAAAGCAUUAAUUUAAUCUCAUUAGUGCACACUUGAACGGGACUAGCGGUAUUAGCAAAUGUCUAAUUUUAAAUAUCUGAGGUUGUCAAAUGUUCCUGACAGGAACAUUCCUAAUAACCUCUAUUAGUGAAAUGCAGAGAAAUACAUUGUUAUUAAAAUGUUUAUAAUUAAACUGAUCCGAGAAUUAGGAUUUUUAAGGCUUUACUAUGGUAUUUAACCAUAUUCCUUGAUAAUGUAUGACAUUUUAAUGAGAAUAUAGUCUCUAUACAUCAAAAUAAAAAAUAAGAACAUUUCCGCAUGUUAAAUUUAGAAAAGGAGAAACAAGAAUUUGUAUAUUAAUCUAACAUAAGAUAAAACAUCUUAAAUGAUUAAGAUAUAUAUAGAUUGAAGUAAUUAGUCAAAAGGUCCAUGAUAAUAGGUAUAGAUGUACAGAAUAUAUAUAGAACAGGUUGCCAACAUUGUGUCUAAAGAUAUUUUUGCAUUGAACUUUCUAGAAAACUGAUUUGAAAAUCCUUAGCAGUUUCAUUGCAAAAUGCCACAAAGGCUAUUAAAAAAAUAAAAGUUAUUAUUACAGAGGAAAUAUUUAUAUUCACCUUUAGAUCAACAUGAGACAAGUUAAUAACUAUUACCUUGCAGGAACCGAUUUUCUAAUUUACCUAAUUUUGGAAAAUAUCCAAUAUUCCGUUUUCUGCUGCUCACACAGCCUAAAACUGGCUUGUCUUCUGUAAAUUUCCAAUUUUUUUUUGCUCUUCUCCAAUUGAUUUUCUCCACAACUGCGAACUGAAUGAAGGAUUGGCGAUUGCCAUCUGUUUCUCACCUCCUCCAUCUCAUUCCUCUUUUUCCUGCACGUUAUGCCUUAAAGCCCUUGCUCAAAGUUAAUUUCUCAAGUGUCCUCUUUUACUCCUUCACUGAUUACCUCGGAGUCUUUCAUGCUAUGGGCGUACUAAUGAUUUUACUCCAUGUUUUGUCAUCAGAAAAUUGAUGCCCAUAAUUGAAGACCAUGAGGGGAAGCCGGUGAAUGUUGUGCAUUAUUUAAUGGAGAUGAAUGACCAGCAGGUCAAUAACCAAUAAUCACUCAGUGAGCUCCUUAACUACCCCCCACUCUUCCCAGCACUGAAUGUAAUGGAGCUAAAAUAUGUGCUUUAUUUUAAUCAAUACUGCUAAAUGAGCAGGUUGUGGUCAUUAGGAAGGUAAAAUUGCGGAAACGUUGUUUCUGCCUCGGCCCUGAGGAGCUGGUGCCAGAUCGGCAUUGCGCUGACAUUCAUUUCCGUGUCGGCUCCAUCCAGCUUUUCUCUCAUGUUAAUGUGACAUUUGUGAGGGACUCGCACCUUAAUGCCAUGCUGGAGGCAGACAUGCUGGGAAACCAAAACAGUGUAACAUCCAGCAGUUCCCUCCACUCUGCAAGGUGAGGUCUUUCAUAGAGGAUGGGAACAAGUGCGUAAGGGGAGGUCAUUGCCAAGAAAUAUUUCCUAUUAUGAAGGAAAAAAAUAGGGGAUCUAUAUUUUCUGGAGCCUGAUAUUAAGAAGAUAACCAAGCAUAGAUCAAUCAGAGGGGUAAAUUGUAUUUUCUCUCCUACACAACCUCAGUUUCCUCUCUUUCUCUCUCUUCUAGCUCAGCUCCUUGGAGUGAGUGUAAGUGAAUGUGUGCGCGGGUGAACAAGUGUACGCACAAAUAAAGUUUGUCUUAGACUGAAGCUUUAAAUCAGUUUGUGCCAUAGAACUAGUAAUAUAUAAAAUCUAUGACGUCUUCAAUAUAAGACGAAGAUAAAUACACACAGCACAUUGUCAUCAUUAUAUAUACCUGAAUGUGCAAAUGAAGCUUCUUGCAUUUCAGUUCAGUGUUUUAUGGGAUUGUGAUUUUCUACAGAAGUACUUUCUUUUUAUUUCUCUUCAUGGCAGUAUUUAAAACUGUUUUAUGUGACUGUACAGGCUUGCAUAAUUAAAAAAAAUUUUCUGCCUCAUGAAUGUAUCAAAAUGUAUUACCGUGCUGCAUAGAGUAUGAAGUGAAUUAUUGCCUCAAAUUUUUUGAAUAAAGAAAUAAAUACCAAUUUGUCUAAAGGUUGA